AUGCAGAACACCUCCACCAAAAUUAGCAUUGCUGUGCACACGUUAACCAUGCUGAUCAUGCUUUCUUUCAUGUUAGCAUCCCGGUGUCCUGAUAUUCAACAAUGUCAUAAUGGUGAGAAUUAUAUCACUUGCAACAACGGAAGUGUAGUUGAGAUAUACAUCUAUAGUUGUGAUGAAAGUGACCAGAUAAAGUAUCUAGACCUCUCUGCUAAUAUCCUGACUGGUUACAACGGAUUAACUAAUUGCUACCAUUUAAGGGGAUAUUGUACAGAAACUGAUUAUGGAAGUGUUUAUGAAGGCAAGCCCUCCAAAGAACACAAACAUAUCCUCCUUUUGAAGAUUCUUCUUCCGCUGAUUGUUGGAUUUUGUUUCUUAGUGAUUGGUUAUGUGCUUUACCAACAUAAAAAGGCUACCACAGAGAAAAGUCAACCAGAAAUACAAAAACAUGGAGAUGUGUGCCAUGGUAAAACAGAAGACUUCAACCUCAAAUAUUGCAUUGGAACCGGUGGUUAUGGAAGUGUUUAUGAAGCGAAACUGCCAAACGGUAAAACAUUUGCUUUGAAGAAACUCCAUCGGUUUGAAGCCAAGCAACCAGCAUUUAACAAGAGUUUCAAGAACGAGAUCCAAGUCUUAACCAACCUAAGGCACAAACACAUUGUGAAACUCUAUGGUUUUUUUUUGCAUAACAAUUGCAACUUCCUAGUAUAUGAAUACAUGGAAAAAGGAAGCCUAUUUUGUGCAUUGAGUAACAAUGAAUUCGCUGUCAUAUUGGAUUGGAAGACGAGGGUAAACAUUAUCAAACACGUAGCCCAUGAUUUUUCUUACAUGCAUCAUGACUGCAGCCCACCCAUCAUUCAUCGAGACAUAUCAAGCAACAACAUUCUCUUGAACAAAGAAAUGGAAGGAUUUGUUGCCGACUUUGGAGCAGCCAGAUUGCUCGACCCUGAUUCCUCCGACCAAACCAUUGUCGUAGGAACUUUGGAAUACAUUGCUCCAGAACUUGCAUACAACAUCAUUGUGAACGAGAAAUGUGAUGUGUAUAGCUUUGGAGUGCUUGCGCUUGAAACAAUCGGAGGGAAGCAUCCUGGAGACCUCCUGACGUCCCUCAACUAUUUAAACCAGGAAGGUGCAACUUUGGAAAGUAUACUUGACAAGCGACUCCCUUAUCCAACUGAUGGCAGACGGAUUGAAAUGGAAAUUCUCCGUGUUUAUAAUGUUGCAUUAGCAUGCAUUCGCAUGGACCCAAAGACUCGUCCGACAAUGAGAAAUGCCUCUCACGAAUUAUCCAAGUGA